GAAGCGGCCCUAACAGCGUUUUAUGCGCGUGCAGAGGAAAAUAAAGCAAUCUGCGUUUCACUUUCCCAUUUCUAACUUUAGAACCCUAAUUCCGAAGUCUCUCUCCCUAAAAAUCCAAAAUCAUGGAAGUUAAUGUUCUUCCUGGGACAUGUGGUUUUGUUGGUCGGUGGAGGAGCCAGAGUAACGAUUCCCCCGGGUAAUGGUUUUACCAUUAUUGUCAAUCCGGUGGCCGGUGGUGCUGUGGGAGCUGCCGGUGGUGCUGUGGGAGCUGCCGGUGGUGCUAUGGGAGCUGCCGUUGCAAACGAAAACAUAGCCGCUAUCACAGCGGAUAUCGUGCAACAUUCAGUUAACAACACCCUCUCUACAACUCAGAUACUCCAUAUGCUAAGGGUUGACAACACCUUCGAAGUGCACCAAGUUUUUGUACCCGAACCUCCCGCUACAGGUCUUUUCCUUUACGCAAUGGGGAUUUCAAGAGGUUCAGACCACCACCACUACCUUAACCCCCCUCGCUACUACAGACACCAUUGGGACAACUAUUUGAAAUUAAAAUAUAAGUUUAUUCUUAGUCAACAUGAUUUAUUUUUACUCUCUCUCUCUUAAUUAGUAAAUGUAGACACAUGAUUCUUUUCCAUAAUUAUGAAAAAGAUACUUUUGAUAACUAAAACAAGCAAAGCAAUGAUUUCAAUUA